AUGCAUACCAGUGCUCUUGUGGCAAUUGAUGGUGGAAUUGAUAUGAUGUGCUGGCCAGACUUUGACUCGCCAUCUGUAUUCUGUCGUAUGUUGGACAAGGACAAGGGUGGCCAUUUCACAAUCAGUCCGCCUUCGGGUUUGAAGAUCACGACCAAACAGCAAUACCUGCCUAGCAACAACAUCCUCCAAACCAGAUACCUACAUGAUGAUGGCGUCCUGACCCUCACCGACUUCUUUCCCAGGCCUCUGAAGGCUGAGAAACUAGACCCUACUGUUGGACGAGGCGCUACGAUCGAUCCCCGUAACGAACUCAAAAAGUGGUUGGUCCGCAGGGUUGAGUGUAUCAGAGGUGCCACCGACGUUAACAUCGAGUUGUUCCCUGCUUUCAACUAUGCUCAAGACUCCCACACUACCGAGAUUGUGAAGGCCGACAACGAGGCUCAGCGAGUAGUACACUUUCGCUCUGAGAGCUUGUCCUUAGAACUAGUGGCCACGAUUGACUGUGGCGACGACUCCUCGUGUCCCGAACUUUCCUUUUCGAAGAAGCAUGUUGACGGUUCGUCUCUCGGUGAUGGUGUGACUGCCACGAUCAAUCUCAAAGAAGGUCAAUCGGUUUCGUUCGUACUCAGGAAUCUCGAAGAAGACGAUAAGAAAUCAAUCUCUACAGCACUGCUUGAUCAGAUCCAACAAGAUACGUCGGUGUACUGGUUCAACUGGAUCUCAAAGUCAAAGUACAAGGGACGCUGGAGAGAGGUCGUCAGCAGAAGUCUGAUGAUCCUCAAAAUGCUCACAUUCGAGCCCACUGGAGCCAUCGUUGCAGCACCUACUUUCUCGUUGCCAGAGGAUUUUGGAGGUGGUAGAAACUGGGAUUACAGAUUCUCCUGGGUCAGAGAUUCGUCCUUUACAACCUAUAUCCUCCUCCGAAUGGGCUUCACAGAAGAGGCAGAAGCCUACAUGAAUUUCCUUAGCGCUCGUCUAAUCGACUCGCCCAAGCCCGACGGCGGCCUCCCGAUUAUGUUCUCCAUCCGCGGCAGUACGGACCUGCCCGAAAUCGAACUCUCCCACCUCUCUGGUCACCAGAACAGUAGACCCGUCCGCAUCGGCAACGGCGCAGCCUUCCACAAACAACUCGACAUUUACGGAGAAAUGAUGGAUUCCAUCUACCUUUACAACAAGUAUGGAAAGCCUGUGAGCUACGACCUCUGGGUCGCUGUGAGAAAGCUUACGGAUUACGUCUGUGGUAUAUGGAAGGAGACAGACAUGUCGAUCUGGGAAGUCCGCUCCGCACCCAUGAACUACACUUACUCCAAGAUAAUGCUCUGGGUAGCCAUCGACCGUGCCUUGCGACUGGCAGAUAAACGCUGUUUCCCUUGCCCAAACAGAAUGAAAUGGCUAGAAACCCGCGACCUCAUCUACGACGACGUGAUGGAGAAGGGCUACAACAAAGAUAUGAAAUGCUUCAUUCAAAGCUACGAAAGUAAUGAAGUCUUGGAUUCUGCUGUCUUGAUAGCACCGUUGGUUUUCUUCAUAGCGCCUAAUGAUCCUCGCUUCACAAACACUCUCGAGCAAAUCCUUCUAGCACCUGAGAAAGGAGGACUUACUUCUACUGGUCUGGUCUACCGCUACAACACCAUGAAAUCCGACGAUGGAGUAGGAGGUAGAGAAGGUGCUUUCAGCAUGUGUACUUUUUGGUUGGUGGAGGCGCUUACAAGAGCUGGAGCUUACGAUAAAAAGUACUUGAUCAAGGCGAUCAACAUCUUUGAGAACAUGCUGAGUUUCUCGAAUCAUUUGAAUAUGUUUUCAGAGGAGAUUGCGAGGAGUGGAGAGCAGUUGGGUAAUACGCCUCAGGCGUUCUCGCACCUGGCUUUGGUCAGUGCUGCGUUCAACCUUGAUCGCGUGACCCAAGGAAGGGGUGGCAUGUAA